AAUGAUAACAGCAUUAAUGACUUCCUACGUCGUUGCGUACUUUCGUGAUAGUGCUUGUAGUUCGUUAGGUUUAUUGUUUGUUUAUUUUAUGAUAGCCGGCGAAAGUUCUUCUUAGUUGUAUUAUUAAUGAAUUAUGAACCUUUUAAGUAAAUUAUUUUUGUUAGACAGUUGAUUAAAUAUUAAGUAUGCUAGUUAAACAUUUUCACUUACCUAAGAAGUUGCUCGUUCCUAAUACUUUCUAUCAUUGAACUACCUUAGUGUUGAUAAAAGUCAUUUCAUUUUUUAAUUAUCUCUGAUAAUUUCUUCAUCAUCAUUAUUUUUAGUACUUAUUUGUAAAUUUAUCGAUCCAAACACAACCAUGUCAGAGAGUGUAGAAGUUCAAAUCGAAGACCAAGAAUUUACAUUGGAAUCUGAUAAUGAAUUAAGAUUCGAAGUUGAAAAUAAAAAUGAAACUGUUGUUCUGGAAUUAAAAACUGGACUUGCAGAAAUUUUUGGAACUGAAUUAGUGAAAGGUAAAUCCUAUACAUUCUAUUUUGGUGCUAAAAUUGCAGUUUUUACAUGGCAGGGGUGUACAUUAAAACUACGCGGAAAGAAAGGAAUUAGUUAUAUAUCUAAAGAAACACCCAUGAUGUUUUAUUUAAAUUGCCAUGCGUCACUUGAACAACUUCGAGUCAAGUCAGAAAAAGAAAAUAUUCGAGGACCAGUUACUAUGGUGGUUGGGCCAACUGACGUUGGUAAAUCUACUCUUUGUAGAAUACUGCUUAACUAUAGUGCACGAAUGAAUGCUCUUGGCCGUAGACCUAUCUAUGUAGACUUAGAUCCUGGCCAGGGACAAAUAUCCAUUCCAGGAACAGUUGGUGCAGUUAUGGUUGAAAGGCCAGCAGAAAUAGGAGAAUGCUUUUCCCAAGCAGCCCCACUAGUUUACCAUUUUGGACACACAAAUAUGAGUAUUAACACGACUUUGUACAACACUUUAAUUUCUCGUAUGGCAGAAGUUAUUCAUCAGCGAAUGGAUGAAAAUCCAAGAAUUAACUGUUCGGGAAUAAUUAUCAACACAUGCGGAUGGGUAAAAGGCAAAGGUUACCAACAUUUAACGCACAUUGCACUUGCUUUUGAAGUAGAUGUCAUUCUUGUUCUUGAUCAAGAACGUUUGUAUAAUGAAUUAGUGAGGGAUAUGCCAGGAUUUGUUAAAGUUGUUCUUUUACCAAAAAGUGGUGGAGUAGUUGAACGAAGUAAUAAGUUUAGAUCGGAAAGUAGAGAAGCAAGUAUUCGUGAAUACUUUUAUGGUUCUCCUAGGAAUGUCCUACAUCCUCAUACCUGUGAAGUUAGAUUUUCUGAUAUUAAAGUCUAUAGAAUUGGAGCACCACCUAUUCCAAAUACAUUGAUGCCAUUAGACAUGCAAAAAACUGAUUUAGAAACUAAACUUGAACCAGUCACUCCAGGGUUAAACAUGAUGCAUCAUAUGUUGGCUUUAAGUUUUAGUACAUCAGUUGAAGAAGAUGUUGUCAGGACUAGUGUAGCAGGUUUUGUUUGUGUAACAAAUGUUGACAUUUCUCGACAAAUGUUGACUUUAUUAUCACCUCAACCGAAACCUCUUCCUGAAACAAUUUAUCUUUUGUCAGACGUACAGUUCAUGGACAGCAAUUCUUAAAUAUUGUGUUUAAAAUGCAUUGAGAAAAUAAUCUCAUAUAAUGUGUAUCGUGUCAUGUGGUUCCAAGCACAUAAUCAAAUGUUCAAAACUAUUGUUGUAUCAGUUAAUUUUAUAUUGGAGAUAUGUUGACACACUUUAAUAUCAUAAAUAUAACUUGAUGUUUAAUUAUUCA